AUGACGUACAAAUCAUCGCAACAUUUCCACAAUUCAUUGAGAUCCACCCUUGUUCAGGCAAUUGCAUCACCGUAUAUCAUUGUCUCCGUUAUUCUACUUUUUGUCAUUGUAUUGUAUAGAGACUCGCUUCAAAUCCUCGAUGAUCCUAGAAGUUAUACCAACACCUCAGUGACUUUUAACAAUGAUGACCCUUUUGACUGGAAUGGACUGGUACAAAGAGCCCGGGAUGAUGAGCUUACAAUAUAUGAAUCUUGGAUUCAAUCACAAAGAAGUUCAAUAACGUCAUAUUUUGAAGAGUGGCAUAGCUAUACUACACGCUCGAUAAACGUCUCCUUGUCAUUAGCGAUGGAUUCAGAGACGAAGCAGAUGGAUUAUGUUGAUAUGAUUAAAGAUCUGGUACAAUCAUUAAACAACCAGGUCAUCAAUGAAUUAAACAAUGCUUCUUCGCAGUUACAAAAUAUCGAAGAUUCCCUAACCACAACUUUAACAGUGGGGAAUACUAUCGACAUUGAAUCUGUUGAUUUGAAUGUGGAUGGGAUUCAACAGAGCUUUUCAGAAAUCUUGAGUAAACUUCAGGCUGAUCGUGACGAUGAAUUACAACAAUUGUAUCAAUCACGGGAAGAUCUAUUUGAUAGCAUAGAAUCCCUAUUUGAGAACUCGUUGAACGCCUUUGAAGCGUAUUCUGUGAAUGCUUCAAAUGCUUCAAAUGCUUCAAAUGCUUCGAACGAUAAUUAUGAUGGUGAUAUAACCAUGGAUGAAAUUGACGUUAAUUUCCACAACGUGACUGCUUCAACCGAGAAUAAUGAUGAUGGAGACAACAUGUCGUCUUUGAACACCACACUUAUCGUACUUGGAGUUUGUGUGGUGGUUAUAUAUUUCAUGCUUUUGUUGUUCCACCAUAAGCAUUUUCAAUACUCCUCAAGAUCCAGAACCGAUGAACUAAUGGAGAUAUGCGAUAAGAAGUCCAAUUGGGACUUCUUUAUCUCGAUCUAUAAAUUGAAGGAUCCGUUCAUUACAAUAACGACAGAUUUGACAGUGCAAUUCAUCCAUUGUGAUUGGUUCAAAUUAUACUGGAUUGAAGAGUAUAUUCUCAUGAAUUUACCAUUCAUGCUUUUCACUAUAGUCUGGAUCUGCAUCUUGCUACUUACAGUGAGCAACACAAAGAACACCAGCAUGUCAUCAUACCCAAGCCUAGUUCAAUACGAAUACGAAAUCACCAUCCCAGGUAUCGAAUAUGAACCACUGUCGAUGUCAUCGAUUGAAUCCUGCUAUGGCUUCGUUAACGAAUUGGGUAACGACUUAGAGUCGGGGCUGAGCAGCCUAUUUGAAGAGUACAAUAUCCAGAUAUUAGGAUUACAACCUAUAGCCUGGUCCAAUAUAUCUAUUCAUUCAGAGUCCUUACCCUCAUGGAGCGUUGACGAUACUACUAUGGAUCUAAAUGUCGUCGUGGAAGACACCCAAUCUACACACGAAUCAAUCACCCUGAGGUUCAAAAACGUGGUCACCAAUACAUUCCAGCUCGUUCUCAUAGUAUUCGGAUCCAUUUCACUGGCAAUUGUUGUCUUUGGAGUGGUUUAUUCCUUCAUUGUAUAG